GUUGCACACCAUUAUCAUUGAUCACCAUCUUUCCUAUGUGCAAGGCGUAGCAUAAUUUGACAUGGCUAAAGACAAGUACAGGUCUUUCUUGCAUGAUGAGCCUGAGAGCGUUCAGUGGAGACAUGGUGGCCCCCCCACUUAUGAUGAGGUUAACAAGCUUUUUGAAGAAGGAAGAACCAAGGAAUGGCCAGAAGGAUCAUUAGAGGAGACAGUCCAAAAUGCUAUCAAGUCAUGGGAGAUGGAGCUCUCACACAAGACUCGCUUACAAGAUUUCAAGACAAUAAACCCUGACAAGUUCAAGCUCUUUGUCAAUGGGAGGGAGGGAUUAUCUGGAGAGGAAACUCUAAGGCUGGGAAGUUAUAAUGCUCUGUUGCAAAGUUCUUUGCCAGAAGAGUUGAAGCCUUACAAAGCAGAUGAAGAGACUUUUGAAUCAUCUCAUGAAGCCUUCAGAUCAGCUUUACCUCGAGGAUUUGCUUGGGAAGUGAUCAAAGUUUAUAGUGGACCACCUGAAAUUGCUUUCAAGUUUAGACACUGGGGCUUCUUUGAAGGUCAUUUUAAGGGACAUGCCCCUACUGGCAACAUGGUCCAAUUUUAUGGCUUGGGAACUGUGAAGGUGGAUGACUCUUUGAAAGUUGAAGAGGUGGAGAUUUACUAUGACCCAGCAGAGAUGCUUGGAGGCCUUCUAUCAGGGAAGAACACAAAUCACACCAUAGAGGAUGACAUUGAUGGCACCAAAACUUCAGCACCUUCUCAAAAAUGUCCUUUCUCCAAAUAAUUACAAUAAUGUUUUGAGUGAAUAAUAUCCUUUGAUCCAGCAAUAUUUCUUGAAUUGAAUCAAUUAGUGUGGAAGCAGGGAUUUGAAGAAAGAAUAAUAGUACUUUGUAUGAUUUUGGUUCCAGUGAAUAAAAUUGGGAAAAUGUUUUUUCCCGCUUUUUA